AUGAAAGGCUGGAUGAUGAAUAUCAACCAAGCAAAAGAAAAAUGGGCAUCUACCUUCGAGAAGGCUUAUGCGUUCGUCGAAGAUGACGACAAGCGUCGCGCUCGUAAGCUAUGCAACGAUAUGCUUCAAGAGCCAGGCAUUCACCUCUUUUACCAAGUCAAAUGUCAUCUAAUGCUAGCUGUGCUCGCCGACAUCCCUCCUGUGGCAGAAACCCAUUUUGAUGAAGCUGACAAACUCUGCAUUCAGCUAUACAAGAGCAGGAAGGAUGGUGAGGAGGAAGAAAUCCUGACGUACCGAGCGAUCAUCGCCAAUGGGAAAAAGAAUUUAGGUCCGGAAAUGAAAGAAUGGAAGAUGGAGGAAGGUAUAUACAUGUCUAGCUCGGAGGAAGAUUGGGGCUGGGCUAGUCCCAAGCGGUGCGCAGACCGCCUUAUCGAAGCGUGCGAACCUCUGCAAAAUCACAAACCGUACAAGCAGGUCACCCUCGUCCGACUCACCUACGAAUAUGCGCGCUCGGAAGCGUCGAGAGACAAUUUUCUACGUUUCUUUUUCCAGCAUACACAGAUCCCGACCGAUGCUUCGCAGAGUGAAGUCUCUGCCUCCGACUAUGGACCCCGAUUGAUUGCGUUUGCAGAGACGCUUAUUGAGAACUUCUUUCUGCCUU